UAACAAAUGCCAAGUACAUAUUAUGAAAAAGCCUAGCUAGAAGACGAAACUAAGUACAGAUUAAUUAUGGAACUCCAAAGCACCUUCCUCUUAGGCCUCCUACUUGUUCUUGGUUGUGCAGUUACAAGUAGUGGAGCUCCUAAUUCAAAGCAUUCUGUUGCUACAUGUAGCGCUGCUUUGCUAAACCGGAGCAGUUUCCCGGAAGGUUUCUUAUUCGGGGCAGCUGGAUCGGCAUACCAGUAUGAAGGUGCUGCAAAUGAAGGUGGUAGAGGACCAAGUAUAUGGGAUACAUUCACUCACAAAUAUCCAGAGAGGAUGAAGGACCGCAGCAAUGGAGAUGUGGCUAUUGAUCAAUAUCAUCGCUACACGGAAGAUGUUGGGAUUUUGAAGGAUACGGGUUUUGAUGCAUACAGAUUUUCAAUCUCAUGGUCUAGACUGUUACCAAAUGGAAAGCUUAGUGGCGGUGUGAACAAGGAAGGAAUCAAAUAUUACAAGAAUCUCCUCAACAAGCUUGUAGCCAGUGGUAUAAAGCCGGCUGUCACUCUCUUUCAUUGGGAUGUUCCCCAAGCUUUGGAGGAUGAAUAUGGUGGCUUCUUAAGCCUUAAAGUUGUGAAUCAUUUUCGAGAUUAUGCAGAGCUUUGUUUUAAAGAAUUUGGUGACAAAGUUAAGUAUUGGAUCACAUUUAAUGAACCAUGGACCUUCUCCAAGAAUGCUUAUGCAAGGGGCCUACUUGCACCCGCACGAUGUUCUAAUUGGCAAAACCUAAAUUGCACAGGUGGGGAUUCAGCAACUGAGCCAUAUUUAGUGACGCACCAUCAACUCCUAGCUCAUGCAAAAGUUGUAAAGUUGUACAAAGACAAGUAUCAGGCGUCACAAAAAGGAUUGAUAGGAAUAACAUUAGUGUCACUUUGGUUUGAGCCAUUAUCUAACACAAAACAGGACAAAGAUGCUGCAUCACGAGCUGUGGAUUUCAUGCUGGGAUGGUUUAUGGAUCCCCUGGCAAAGGGGGAAUAUCCUAAGAUCAUGCAAUCACUGGCUGGAAAUCGAUUACCCAAGUUCACUAAAGUGCAAUCCAAAAGUGUAAAGGGUUCAUUUGACUUCAUUGGAUUAAAUUACUAUACAACCUACUAUGCAGCCGAUGCACCUCCUCUUCCUAAUGCUACAACAUACCCAAGCUAUUUGACAGAUUCUCGCACUCAAUUUUUAACUGAGCGUAAUGGUACCUCGAUUGGUCCAAAGGCUGGUUCAAGUUGGCUUUAUGUUUAUCCAAAAGGACUUCAAGAACUAUUGCUUCACGUAAACAGGAACUAUCAUAAUCCACUGAUUUACAUAACCGAAAAUGGAGUUAGUGAAUUCGCUAAUCCCAAAUUGUCUCGUGAGGAAGCCCUUGUCGAUUAUCACAGAAUUGACUAUUAUGAUAGUCAUCUUUAUUAUCUUCAUGCCGCGAUCAAGGACGGCGUUAAUGUGAAAGGAUACUUUGCAUGGUCUUUGCUUGACAAUUUUGAAUGGAAUGACGGUUACACGGUUAGGUUUGGCAUCUACUAUGUGGAUUACAAAGAUGGACUGAAAAGAUAUCCUAAGCUUUCAGCCAACUGGUUCAAGAAUUUUCUUCAAAAGAAAAAAUGUACGCUUGGGGGUUCUAAACCCAAAGUCUCAAUCCAUUAACCACACCCCCAAUAAACCGUACUAAACAAAUUUAUUCUAUAUUUGUAUGUUUUUCCAAUAAAAGUUAAGGUAGUUUGUGUAUAAUUGAAAGUUUAAAUGUAGAGAUUCAUAUUAGUAUUAUGUUUUUAUACAAACGAUUUUGGGGAGACUGUGAAGAAUUAACUGUUCUUAACCACUUAAACUACAAAUUCAUUGCCAGAUAUUACUCUUUGAA